AUGUCGGUUGUCACAAAGAACCCUUUUGCCUACCUCGGCAACGACAGUGACGGCGAGGAGAAGCCCGUCGUUCCUGUCAAGACCGUUGACAAGAACACUGCUCGUACUACUAAGCGUAAUGUCGAGCCCCAGGCUCCCGUAAGGGCCGGUGGUGCUGGCGGUAACCGCCGUGGUCCUGGUGGUAACGAGGGUGCUUUCCGGGAUCGUGGUGCUGGCAGCAACCGAAACCAGAACCGAUCCACUGAGGAGGCUCCUCGUGAUGGUCCCCGAGGCGGUGCCGGUGCUCGUGUCCGUGGUGGACGUGGCGCUAGACACGCCCGUGAGCGCGAUGACCGACACCCUUCCAAGUUCGGCGGCCACGGUGGCUCUGACAAGCAGGCUGCCCAAUCCUGGGGUGCUAACGAGGGUACUGCUGAACUUAAGGACGAGCAGGCCGGUGAAGCUAUCGCUAAGGACGAGCAGGCCGGUGAAGCUAUCGCUAAGGACGAGCAAAAGGAUGCCGUUGCUGAGGACGCUGCCGCUGAGGCUGCCGCCGCCGAGGAGGAGGCCGAGAAGCAGGUCUCUUACGAGGAAUAUCUCGCCCAGCAGGCUGAGAAGAAGGCCGCUCUCGACUCCGGUCUCAAGGUCCGUGAGGCCAACGAGGGCAGCAAGCUCGACAAGAAGUGGGCCAACGCCAAGCCCCUCGAGAACGAGGAGGAGGAGUACUUCGCCCCUACCGGAGGCAAGGCCCAGCGCCAGCGCGAGCGCAAGGUCAAGCAAACCAUUGACUUCGACCCUCGCUUCGUCGAGCCUGAGCGCACCCGAGGUGGUGCUCGCGGAGGCCGAGGCGGCCGUGGAGGUCGUGGCGGAGAGCGUGGUGGUGACCGUGGCCGUGGAGGUAACCGCGGCGGUCGCGGCGGUGCUCCUCAGGGAUCUGCUAAGGGCAAUGCUGCUAUUAACACCAGCGACCAGUCUGCUUUCCCCAGCCUCGGCGGCAACUAG